UCAGAUGUUACGGUCGACUUCGUUCAUAAGUAUGUAGAUUUUACAUGACGCGUCGAAAGUAAAUGUAUCAGUGAUAAUUGUGAUAGUUAAAAAAAGUGGAGUUGUGGUGAAAUUACGUAUUUUUCAUUGUAGCGUGAUAAAAUAUAAAAAUGCGAGUGCCAUUUUUUAUUUUGACUUCUUUUGUCAUCGCCGUUCUUUUGGGCAUUGGCAGUUACAUCAUUUUUAUGAAUAACAAAACAGAUAAAUCGAAAAAACCGCACAUCGUUUUUAUAGUUGCUGAUGAUAUGGGCUGGAACGACGUCAGUUUCCACGGAUCAAAUCAGAUUCCAACACUCAACAUCGAUGCCUUGGCAUACCAUGGGGUUAUAUUAAACAGAUACUACGCAUUGCCCACCUGCACCCCAUCAAGGACUUCGUUAUUAACGAGCCGUUACGCUAUAAGAGAUGGAAUGCAGGGUUGGCCAAUAGCACCCGGUGAACCACGUGGUGUACCGCUCAACUUGACCCUCAUGCCGGAGUAUUUCCGCAAUCUUGGUUACUCGACGCAUCUCGUUGGUAAAUGGCAUCUCGGAUACGUGACUAAAGAUUACCUGCCAACGAGUCGUGGAUUCGAUACGUUUUUUGGUUACUACAACGGGCUGAUUACUUACUUUGGUCAUUGGGUUAAAACGGCACGUAAUGUCGUAGAGUCAGUCACUGGUUACGAUCUGCAUCGUGAAGAUUCAGAAGGUGAACGAGUCCCCAGUGAGGAAAAUAAGUAUUUUACGGAUCUUAUCACCGACGAAGCUGAAACCAUCAUCAAGAGAAAUGGUAACGAUAAGCCGCUUUUCCUCCAAAUCUCGCACUUGGCUGUACAUGCCAGUGAAGCUGAAGAUCCCUUGGAAGUGCGGAAUUCAACGGAAGUCAAUACAACGUUUUCCUACAUCACAGACACGAAUCGUCGAAAGUACGCUGGCAUGAUGAAGGCAAUGGACGAAUCUGUGGGACGAGUGAUGACUGCCCUUAGCAAAGAAAAUAUGCUGGACAAUAGUAUUAUCGUUUUCAUAAGCGACAAUGGAGCUCCAACAAUAGACUUUUACGAAAAUUCGGGCUCGAAUUACCCCCUCCGCGGAAUAAAAAACACGCUCUUUGAGGGUGGCGUUCGAGUCGCGGCAUGUAUCUUUUCUCCUCUGAUCGAGGCGUGGGGAAGAGUGACGAACGAACGGAUGCACAUAGUCGAUUGGCUGCCAACUUUGUACGCGGCAGCUGGUGGCAAUGUAUCUGACUUGAAGACUCCCGUUGACGGGCAAAAUUUGUGGACGAUGAUCGCCAAGGGUACGGAGUCGCGGCGGAAAUCGAUACUCCUAAACAUCGAUCCCAACAGCAAUGGCGAAGCCGCCAUCAUUGGCAGGCAUAAGUUGAUAAAAGAUACCAAGGAGGUGGGCAAAGGCUACUACGGUGAUGCUGGCAACGACAUAACCUAUCCGGUGUACAAUGCCGGCGAAGCCCUGCGCUCGCCGGCCGGCUUGGCCAUUAAAAAGUUGUCCAGUUUCGCCGGACUAAAUCCAGAAAAAGCCCAAGUGUUGCGCGAAAGAGCUACGGUUCGAUGCUCGAGACCUCGGACUCAGUUGGACUGCUCGACGUUGUGCCUCUUCGACAUUGAGGACGACCCCUGUGAGACCACCGACCUGUCUCCUCGGCAGCCCGAAAUUGUCAAACAGUUGGAGGAAUUUAUUGAUGAAUACAAGAAGGUGAUGUCACCUCAGAUGAACGCGGAGAUAGAUCCAUGUUCGGAUCCAAAGUUUUUCAAUGGCGUUUGCAUGCCUUGGAGAGUAAACUUUACUGUACCUCCUCUGAUCGUUGCAUCUGGCAAAUGUCAACAUCCUGCGAACGAAUCAGUUCUUUUGCAGGUAUAGUUUUUUUUUUUUUUUU